ACGAAACCGUCACCCUCUCGAAUUACUUAUCGGAUGCUCGUCUGUUUGUCUGGGGAAAGGGAUGUAGUCCGGAUAAAGGACGCGAUGCUCAAGAUCUUCGAGCAGUGGCUGCAGAGCUGACCGCCGGGGUAUGAAAUGCUCUCAACAACCACUGGUAACCUUUACCAUUGGCACUUUGUGUAUAAGGACCGUCCUCGCUGUUUCUGACCCUGCCCUGUUAGCUUGCACUGGCUUUUCAGCUGCACUUUUUAUUAGAUCUUCUUUCUUUCAUCAAGCAAUGAUCUAUACUUCGUGUUCCUUCAGCCACUAUACCAGAGUAUCUGUUUAUUUAGGGGAUUAUAUUACUUGUUAGUCUUAUGGUAUCUAUCAUCUAAGGGCAUACCAAGAAC